AUGCCAGACUUGCCCCCAUCGCCUCUCUCCACAGAGCCACCAAGUCUCACUUCAGACAAAACUAUAUCCACCUCACCCACCGCGCAGCCGCGCACGCCGACCGACGGCACACCGAAAGCAGCGCAGCAGCGUCGCCACCAGCGUUCCACCGCCAACAGCCCUUCCUCGCCCAUUACUACUUUCAACCCCGCCUCGUCCGCCGACCGACAGCUCGCCCGCGCAGCAGGCAUGCGCAUCGACACGCCGACGUCGUACCCGCGCCUGCUGCUCGAGCCGCACAUCACCCUCGAGCUCGACCGCGCCCGGUUCGCCAACGACGCCGCAGAGGUCGACCGCGCCGCCAGCGCACUGCUCGCUCAUCACGGCAACAAGCUACUCUUACGCACCACCGAUUCGAACGCCGGCGACGAGAAGGAAUUGGAAUGGGCCGCACGCCGUCGGCAAGCCCGCGCCCACCGCGCCACCAACCCCAUCAGCGUCGCCAGCACGAGCGGCGCCUUCACCGCAUCCAUCUCUCCCCAGGACCACAACACCGCCGUCGUCCAGCUACCUGCCAGCUUCCUCGACACGGCCAACCGCGUUCUAUCCGCCGAGUUGGCGGAAGCUUGGCUAUGGAACGAGCAAAGCGCCGACUACAACCAGCGCCAGCCGCUGCCGCUCUUCGUCUACGGCCACUGGAUGUUCCCCGUGCAGAUGGCGGCCGCCGUACUGUUCGGCGGCGGCGAUGGGGGUGCAAGUGCAGAGCAGCCCACCGCCGCGGAUAUCAAGGAGUGGACGGAGCGCAUGGUGCCGGCUGUGCUGGGAAACGAAGGGGCGGAAGGCGGAGCCUGGCACCGGUACUGCGUGCGCGGCCGUGCGCCGACGGCGGCGCUGCUGGAGAAGGGUAACCCGCGGCUGAAGUACUACAUCCGCGACGUGGGCGAGCAGGGCCCCAUCGAGGGUCGUUUGGUGCUGGGCGUCUCGGCGGAGCAGUGGGACGUUUUGGAUGCGUUCCUUGAGGUGGGAGCGAACACGAGCGGAGGAGAGAGGAUCUGGGGCAAGAAAGUGGUGCAAGUGGGCGUGAGGAUCAAGCACGAGCGGAAUCUGGUGCCGCUGAGAGCCGUGACUUAUGUGUGGGAGGGCGACCCGAUGGACUUGCACAUCUUCAAAGUAGAUAAGGUCUGGACCCCUGAGCUGUACGUCGAGUGGCAUUGCAGGACGAGGAGAGAAAUGGCAGCGGCAGCGAAGGCAGCGAAAAUUGGUGGUUAG